AAUUCCAUUUAUAUAAACGCUUUCUUAUUUUUGAGAAAAGGUCAUUAGGGUGAAGGAUUACUUCCAUCGUUUGCUGGAGACCAGAUAAAGAAUUUCUGCCUCUUGCAGCAACCGUCGUUACUUUUGCACACCCGUAAAAUAUUUUGAGGUGCGGAAUCUCUAAGACAGUUAACCGAGCAACAGGUUGGCUUUUAAUAUCCUUGUGUUCAGUUUGGAUUUCAAUAUUUUCCUCUCUCGUCAGGCUUCGGCGUGAAUCCCUUUGACUUUGUGACGGCUGUGUGAAGUAAGGAAUGAUGUUUUCUCAGACGAUAUCCACACAGUGUGUUGGAAUAACGAUCCUGAUCGUUGCCGUGUUAGAAGGAGCAAGCUCUGCAGAUGCAAACGCCACCAGAGCAAAUGAAUGCCUCCCAGCGACGACGGGUAACAGGACCAAGCGGUCAGCAGUCUCAAAUGGGCUUCUUCGUGUACCAUACCAACUUUCCUUUCCAAACGGCUACUGCAAACACAUCCUUGGUUAUCAACCAGUCUACGGAAGAUAUUUAGCCGAGCUAUCUAAGAAUGAAAGAAAAAUGAAUCAAUUUCAGACAGCGAAGAACUUUGUUUUGCGGACUCGAAAUUCGACUGGCAAUAUCAAGUAUCAAAAAUCCAUCGACAACUCUUUCAAUGUGCGUCAGAGCUGUCUGGAUAUGGUGGACGAUGUGUACUGCCACCACUACUUUAAACGUUUCUACAUCGAUACUAAUCCUCAAUUUGUGUGCAGAGAAGCGUGCACAAAAAUGUUUUAUCACGACUGUGAUCGAGAAUAUAAGAUUGUGCUGAAGUUCACGGAGGAGAGACAGAAUACUUUUUACCCGUUCUACUUUGAUAUCAUAGACUGUACGCGGCUGCCAUCUAGGAACGAGUCUUCGCAGUGCUAUACUCCUGACAAGAUACGAGACAAAUUGGACGUGCUAGAGAGUGAAGAUUGUUUCUAUGGUGAUGGACGUGGCUACCGUGGUAACAAAAGCGUCACAACAUCCGGGUUUUCAUGCCAGGCGUGGGAUUCUCAAUGUCCACACAAACACAACAUCAAUGGACAUCUUUACCAAGCGAUAAAUAACAGCGGAAAUUUCUGUCGUAAUCCGGGAGGAUUUGCUAAAGGUGGGCCGUGGUGUUUCACAACCAACAGGACCGUGCGAUGGGAGCACUGUGAUGUGCCUAGGUGUCCCAAACGACCACCUUCAAGCCCACCAGUCAACUUCCAUGGUCAUAACGUGAGCGCAACAAGCAUUUUCUUCAGCUGGGGAGAUGUUCCAAAGCCCUCUGCAAAUGGAGUACUUCUUGGGUACCACGCCUCUUGUAAGGCAGUUAAAUCCUCGGACAGUUAUUUCGCAGAGUUCUUGCCUGAAGAACAUCAUUGGCAACUGAAAGGUCUCAAAACUUUUGCUAAUUACAGUUGCUGGCUAAGAGCGUACAACAAUUACGGAAAUGGCACCUGGAGUGAGGAAUUGGUUAUUUCAACCGAUGAUGCUGCGCCUGCAGCUCCCCCACACUAUCUGAGCGCUAGGAACCUUAGCUCUACCAGUCUUCAGGUCCAGUGGGACCCAAUCCCUUUUGGGUUCCGGAAUGGAAAAAUACUUCAAUACCAAGUGAAAUAUAGCCAAUAUUCACUGACAAAACAGCGAGUCUUUACUACAAAUUACACAAAGAAAAGGUCACUCACGCUUGUCAACCUUAAGAAAUACAAGAAGUAUCUGAUUGAAGUGUCCGGGAUGACAAGAAAAGGCUUUGGACCCCCAGUUUCAACUGUGGUGCAAACUGAUGAAGAUGUACCAGAUCGCCCUCCGUCAGACAUAACCGUGUCAGGCCUAAGCUCUAAAGUGAUUAAAAUCAUUUGGGGGCCAGUUCCUCAGGACUUCACAAAUGGUGAAAUACUUGGAUACAGAGUGCUCUACAACGAUACGUCAGUUGCUAAAAAUACAUCAGUUUCUUCCAAUCAAACAUCUGUAGAGAUCCAUGGACUGAAACCUAACACCAGCUACAAUUUUCAUGUCCUUGCAUUUACAGCCAAGGGUGAUGGGGUAAAAAGCGCGGCCUACCUCGCAAAAACUUUAUCAGAGAAAUCCAACAGUGGCCCAAGUUCGAGAUCAUCACAGGGUUCAAACGUGGGCAUCAUUGCGAGUUCUGCGUUUGCUGGAUCCAUUGCUUUUGGAGCAGUUUUUUUAAUGGUCUACUUUUUCCGUAAAAAAAGGAUAGCAGCAGUAAAUAACGACGGUGAAAACGGUAUUGGUUGUCCAGUGACACCAUAUGCCGUCUCCUCCGUCAAUUGGUUAGAAAACGUCAUCAACACCCAAGUACACGGAUAUGAGACGAUAGAUGAUGAUAACGUCCCUUGCAGUAAUGGCCGACCACGUUACAUCAACAUCAAUCCUGACGGUUCGCUCAACCUUCCACCACACUUACGGGAUAUGGUUAUCCACUUCGAGCAACUCUACGAGAACACAAGUUACAAGCAGCUACGACGGUUUGGAAGGCGAAGAUCACUUGGAGGGGCAGAGGAUCGGCUUGGACACCCCAUCUACGACAGGCUGCAACGGGCGAUUUCUUCAAAUACCCCAAGCCAGGGUGGAGGAUGCAGACAACAGGUGCAGGCGACAAUAACUCCAACAAAGCAACACAGGGAAAAUCACUCGGUAGAUUUGGGUGAGUUACGUCGCUUUGCUAAGGAUCUUCAGAGCGACAUGGAAAUGACAGAAGUGGUUUCUACCAAAACCCAAAAGCGACGGCGCCAUUUCUCCGUAGAUCUGGGUCAAGUGCGAGAGUUUAUUGCUCUCACAGAGAUCAACAGCUCCGCUGAAGAAGAGAAUAACGCUUUAACCUACAAGCCGAAAAUGAAACAAACAAAUGACAACGAAGCGCUGUGUUAGCUGUUUGAAACGGGACAGACAAACUCACUAAAUCACAAAGAUCAACUUCUCCAAAGUGGUGACUGAAAAAAACCAAAGUCAAAGUAAAGUCAAAAUAAAAAAAAAUCUAUGUUAUCAAACUGUGGCGGAAACACAAUUCCUAGUCUAAGAGUGUUUUAGACCCUUUUUUGUCUCAUAAACUGUUCAAAUUUUUUCGUGAUAAAGUCGCCUAGAAGCUGCUAAGUUUAUACACUUGCUAAAAACAACUUUUUUCUCUUCUUCAUUAGAACACAGCUGUCGCUUCAUGUUGCCUGCUCACGCAGCCAGCUAAACACUGUCAUUUUGCAUCAACGUAAAGUUUUUCAAUAGCCUGUAUUUAAUACUAUUCUUCAUGACAAGUCUUCAAUUUCAGUCGCCAUUUCAGAGAAAUGUCGCGCAGUUCAAGUAGUUUGUAUAUCGGAUUGUAAGUGAUUAGAAACGUACUGUAAGAGAGUAAUGCAUCGCAAGUAAGUGAGUUUGAGCCCUUUUUAAUUGUCAGUUUGUAGUUACAUUCAUACCUACCUAAAAAGCCAUGGUGCGGGAAUCAUCCCGCGGUUGCAGGAAGUCACAACCGCAUUCGGUGGCUUUCGGUGUUUUAGUUUUUAGUGAUGGUUUUGGUGGUGGUUAGAUGCCACGGUAAAAAAAAGUGUACAUAUGUUCUCUUUUGAGGAGAACGUGAAGAUGGAGAACAGUUAAAGAAAAUUUUACUUUAACAAGUGGAAAGGCCUUCUUAGAAAGAAGUCUAUUCAUAAGCUUUCUUCUAGAGAAACUUUUUAAUUUUCUCACAAUUAGUAAUUGAUUUCAUUUUACACAUGUUAUCCAACAAAAAGCAAACGCUUCAGAAAGCUAGGUUGGCAAUUUUAGCUAACGGCCGACUCCUAAAAAAAGCCCUGAGUAAUCACCAGCAAAAAAUGAAAUUGACUUCGUUCUUAUGUGCAAUUGAUUGAAUACAAAAUUAACGACUGUCCAUCAUCCUUUCAUGGUCAAUGCUUGUAUUAAAUUUCCCUGAUUAGUAGGAGUAUUGAGUUUGCGAAAAAGUUUUGAUUCCACGAAAUAUUUUACAAGAAUAUUUUCUAUUCCAUGAAAACUAACGUUCAACCUCUUCUCAUGGGUCACGUAAUUGUUGUUAGACAGACUUGUUUGUUUGUUACCACCAAUGUAAUUCUCAUUGAAAGAUAGGCAUGCUCCUAAUUCCCUAGAAAUGUUAUCUUUACCAUUUACGUGUGCAUAUUAAACUUUUCCUUUCACUGUG